UUACAGCUAGGUCACAGAAUGCACUUGUUGAACCUAUUCUGUAGUCCCAAAAUUUUAAACCAGAGCCUUUUAGAAAUGGACUAGUGCGGGGCGGGUUAUUUGAAAAACUCUAACCAAUGAGCAUUUGGCCAUGUGUAUAAAGCCACAUAUUUUGGGAGCAGGGCUUUAAAACUGGGAGCCUAGACACAAAGACAUGUCCAUGUACAAGACACCUACAGAAGCCAAGAAGCCGGAAUUGCCCCUGGGUGCACCAGUUCGUGUUCAGAAGAGAAGACCCUUUUACGCUUAUUUUGCUAAUGAGGCGGGACCAUUACUGAACCCCGUAUUUCAUCCUGAAAUUGAACCUAAGAAACAGGAAGACUUUAUGGAGCCACAACCAUUUGUAAAAGAAAAAAAGGAUAAAGUGCGAAAAAAUUUGUUGUCGGCUUUGGAGGAAGCCGACUCGAAGGCAGAGGUAGGAAUGGAAGAAGAACCUGUAUACGAGGACAUGGCAACUGAGGGACCGUUGGAGGAUAGUGAUGUCGAAAACCAACCGAUAAACCCCAAAUCACGGAAAGACGGCGACGUUGUUACUGGCAAAGCAACAGAAGUGCAUGAUGAGAUUGCUGAAACGAUGACCGACGGAGCCCCCGCCUGUGGUGAUUCAGAAACAAACGACACAGCCUGGGGGUGCAGCGAGUGGUUGUCAAAUGUAGACCCAAAAGAACAUGAUGAGGAAGGUGCCAUGGGUCCGACGAUGCGUCUGCCGGGGAUGAUGAUUCAGAAUCAGACGAGGGUAGAUUGAGACAUCUUCAGAGGAUGAAGAGGAUAAAGAGAGGUGGCCCUUGAGAAGAAUAACCAUGAUAUGCACCUGUUGUUUUUGCAUGAAGCAAGAUUGUAAAAAAAAGUCUGUAAAAAGUAAGGAGGGUGACCAGCAGAGCUGCGAAGAUGAUGUUAUGGCCGAUAUUAUUAGGGCCGUUGUAGUAAAAACCAUUUACCACUGCUUGCAAAAACAACUUCUGGAAAACUGUGCAGCCUGCGUGGUAGGCGAGCCCAACUCAUUUAGUCACCCUUGUAUCUUUUGGGGUCGCUCAGAAGUAUUUCACCAGAUUAGACAUAUUUCUUCCAAACUGAAUGUGACCCAGCUUCUAAAUGUAAUUAUAGCUGAAGGCUACGAACUGAAAAAGCUUAACAUGACCACUGAAACUGUAACUGAAGUUGUUAAAAUGAUCAGGGAGGUUGGAGAGACAUCUGACCCGGUGGUCUUGCUGGUAGACCUGUCAAACGAGGUGGCAGCCAAAAUUGGCCGAUCAGUGUGUAGCAGGAUUCGUAAAAUGGAUUGUAAAACUUUUUACAUGCCAGCUCCUCACCCUAAAGGUUAAAAAAAAAUAGUGAUUAAGAUGUAUUGUAAAAUUAAAAAAAAGUUUGUAUAACCAUUUUCUAUAUUACUUUCCUUAUGCAUUAAAUAAAUGUGUAUAGUCGUACCGUAUAUUACUUUGCUGCUGCAUUAAAAGCUUGUCUUUUUUUUUAAAGUAAAAUGUGUAUAGCCUCUUCUGUAUUAAAUAAAAACAAAAGCAA